CCCUGCUGAUAAUGAUUAUUUAGGCAGCUUUUGUACCUCGUGAUUAUGGAAACGAUUAGUUGAAAUUUAAGCAGAACUUUUGUCGUGUAACAAUAACAGUUUAACGUUAGACACAAAGGAUUUUUAGUAUUAAAACGGAUUGUUCUUAUUAACUCAUACCAUAGUGUUAAGAUCUGUUGAGAUCAAUGACAUGAAACUAACGCUGCCAUAUCAUAAAAUUCACAUUAUUACGAUUGUUAAUAAGAGCAAUACUACUAAUAGUUUUAACUUGUGUAUGUUAGUGUUGCGAACAGAAGAAAGAAAGAUAAAAACUAGAAAGAGGCAGUAAUCACAUUGUAAUUUGUUGUCACAGGGGGAGAGGGGUCAAUGAUAAUUGCAACAUCUGUGAUUUUAUAAGACGUAGAUUGAUAUAGUAAUAAUGAACUGAAAUCCAUGAUACCAAGUCUUGAAAACCUACAUAUAACAUUUCCCCUUGUCUACUCCACAAUUACUACUUCAAGAACUCUUGACCGUAACUAACCUUGUGAUCUAAACAAUGGUAUCUAAAAGCAUAAUCUGUUAUCUUGAUGGACCUGCCAAUGCACUGGCUAUCAAUAGAGAUUCGACACAAGUUGUUGUGGCUGGCAGAAAUGUUUUUAAGAUUUUUAAUAUUGAAGAAGAAGAAUUUGUGGAGCGACUUAAUUUGAGAGUUGGCAAGAACUUAAACCUAAACUUCAGCUGCGCUGAUGUUGUUUGGAACCCUGUUGAAGACAAUAUCCUGGCAACUGCAGCAACCAAUGGAGCUGUGGUGACAUGGAACAUCAAUAAAACAUCCAGAUCUAAACAGGACAUGGUGUUCCAAGACCACAAACGUUCUGUAAACAAAGUUUGCUUUCACACGAUAGAACCUCACAUUCUUCUCAGUGGAUCUCAGGACGGCACCAUGAAAUGUUUCGACCUAAGGAAGAAAGAGGCAUCUAGCACAUUUUAUAGUCUUUCAGAAAGCGUCAGAGAUGUAAAGUUUUCUCCACAUCAUUAUUUUCUAUUUGCUGCUGUACAAGAAAAUGGCAAUGUUCAAAUCUGGGACAUGCGGAGGACUGACCGGUACGAGAAACAGUUUACUGCCCAUACUGGUCCGGUCUUUACGUGUGACUGGCAUCCCGAGGAAAGGCGAUGGCUUGCAACAGGAGGAAGAGACAAAACAAUCAAGAUCUGGGACCUAAGCAUGAAGCCCAUGGUAGAACAUUGUAUUCAGACCAUUGCAUCAGUGGCUCGUAUUAAAUGGCGCCCUCAGCAGAAAUUUCACAUUGCAAGUUGUUCCUUAGUGAUUGAUUUUACCAUUAACGUCUGGGAUAUACGACGCCCGUUCGUUCCAUUGGCUGCCUUCAAUGAGCAUAAAGAUGUAUCCACUGGUUUUGCUUGGCAUCAUGAACCCCACAUUAUUUUAUCCACAAGUAAAGAUUCUACUUUGUAUCUUCACGUUUUCAAAGAUGCCAUUCGACCAGCUGAUCAUGCUAAUCCAAUAGGCUUAGACAUCAGUUGCUAUGGAGACAUUUCUUAUGCUGCUAGUAAUAAAAUAGUUAGGAAUGGAAGAAGUAGUUUUAAAGGAGAGAGUUACUCUUCAACCAAGUUACCAGUGUUCUUCCGCAAACAUCCCAGUGCUAGUGACCAGUUUCGUUCAGCUGUCAGCUCAAUUUUUGUGUUUAAAAAUGAUGGUGAUAAGUUUCUCUCAAUGACAUGGUUCAUUGAAAGUGCAAGACGUUACAUUUUAUCGGGCCGUAGCUUUGCAGAGCUCUGUGAACAUAAUGCUAGUGUUGCAAGUGACUUACAGCGGCCUCAUGUUGCUCAGACUUGGCGAAUUUUGAAGCUACUUUAUAACGCAGUACCAAAUUUAGGAGCAGAACAUUCUUGGGGAGUACCCUCUGUUGGAUCAAUUUCUGAGAUGCUGAAAGGAAUAGAACGUGAUGAAGCUUUCGAUAACUCGCAAGAGGGCAGUAAAUCUAGCCGACAUAACAGUGGAAACACGUUCAAAAAUCGACACCAAAGUGGAAGCAAACAAUCUAGUCGUCACGUCAGUGGUGGCACUGGAAACGGAGUUGCCACAACCGAUCGUCCCGAUACAUCGGGUGCAACUGAUAAUAGUACAGAUAGUGAAGAAAGUGAUAAUGACAAAACUAUUACAAACAUAGCCAGUGGGCUAGGUAACACUCAGGGUGACUUCUUCUUCGGUGAUGGAGAGACAGAUCAGCUUAUGGGGUUUCAGUGUACGUUGAGUCAGGCUCCAACGAUCGACUCCGCGCAAGAUUGGAAUCUUCCUGGAGAAGCCUUCCAACCUCGUCAUCCUAUCAAAGACUGCUCACCUCCCCCUGAACUGGACAAUGCUCCAAGUUCACCUACAAGUUUUGAUGAGGAUUACAUAGAAACCAAGAGUAUGGUUGGGAUUAAUGGAGAAGUAUAUGAUUAUACUAAACUUCUAAUGACCCCUGAAGUUCCAAGUUCACCAGCUUGGGUAUUCAACGACGUUAUUGUUGACAUGCUUCACUACUUUGCUGCCCAGGGUGAUGUCCAGAUGUGUGUGUCAGUCCUCCUGGUGUUAGGAGAAAGAUUUAAAGGGUUUGUUGAUGAAACUACUCAGGAACAAUGGUUUCACUCAUACAUAGAAAUACUGUCAUGUUUUCAGUUGUGGAACGUUGCCAAUAAGGUGAUCUCUCUCAGCACCAUUUCUUCCAUUAGCUCCCUAAAUCAGCAGUCCACAACAAUACACACCCUGUGUGGAAACUGUCGAAGACAGAUGACCAGAAUUGGAUGGUUUUGUGACAGGUGCAAGAUUAUGCCCACCCAAUGUAGCGUUUGUCACCAAGCCGUGAGAGGUCUGUAUGCAUGGUGUCAAGGUUGUGCACAUGGUGGUCAUCUUCAGCAUAUCCAAGAGUGGCUACAAUACCAUCCAUGGUGUCCUACUGGUUGUGGACAUCUCUGUGAAUACACUUAAAGUGCUAAUUACACUAGCAAAACCAUGUAUAUCUAAAAAAUAUAUUGAUGUAAGAGAAAACCAAAUAUUUUGUAUGAUGUUGUAGAGGUACUUGAUAUUAAUAUUGAACUUUUUUUUUAAUUUAUAUAAAUAUAUAUUUCUAUCUAUUGAUGUGUCUGGUGUACAUAUCCAGAAGUGAUUAAAAGAUUAGUUCAGAGUGUUUGUUUUGGGCAUUAAUAGUUUGUUGCCUAUUAGCAUAUUCCUUUAUAGCUCUUUUUGUACAGACGUAAGAAGAUUAUGGAUGAUCAUAGCUCAAAAUGUUAGAAAUAACAAAUAUGAUGUUUUAUGUUAUGUUCAUUAAGCCUUUUUUAAUGGGUAUUAAUUUUCCAGUUCAUCAUAUUUUAUUUCUUGGCCAAAGUGAUCAUAGGAUUACAAAUUAAAGAGAUUUUAAAGUUCAGCCUUUUGGAAUGAAUAUUCUUUGUUUUUGGAUUUUACUUGACAGUAUACAUGUUAACAUUCAAGAAAGGAUGUAGUAAUACUACACUGGAUUAACCAAAAAAAUAUUUAUUUAAGCAGUUAUUUGAUAAAUCACUUUAAUAAAUCUGUUUUUUUU